GAUUGUUGGGCUAUUUUAGCUGCAACUAUUACUUUUAACGCAUUUGGAUUGCCUUCGUUCGUUGAGAUAAUCAUUGUUACUAAUAAGUUAAUAAAUAUUCACAAUAAAUAGACGAAAAUACGUUCAGCACACAACCGACACAUUUCGGGGAAUACCCUUCGUAUAUGUUUCGUAGCGGUUUAUAUUCUGCGCUCUAUUCCGUGACAAUAAAUUCUUUUUAUAUUGUACGUAGCAGCUAAUUUGGAAAAAUGAUUAUUGGAAUAUUUUGUAUUUUUUUGUAUUAUUUGUCGCUAUCGUGUAGCGCAGAAAAUAUUGUAUUAAUCGUCGCAGAUGAUUUGGAUGUAUUUCUCGAUGGAAUGACACCAUUGACAAAUACAUUGAAUUUAAUUGGAAAUCAAGGUGCAACAUUUUCAAAUUGUUUUGUUGCGUCGCCUAUUUGUUGCCCAAAUAGGGCGUCGAUUUUAACUGGAAGAUAUCAACAUAACCAUUUAGUAGUAAAUAAUUCUAUCGACGGAGGUUGUAACAGCGUUACAUGGCAGGAUUUACAAGAACCAAAUACAUUCGCAGCAUAUUUAAAACGGGAGAUGUUAUAUACAACCUUUUAUGCUGGAAAAUAUUUAAAUCGGUAUGGGGAUAAAAUUGUUGGUGGACCAGAACAUGUACCAACAGGGUGGGAUUGGUGGGCUGGUCUUAUCGGAAAUUCAAAAUACUAUGACUAUUCGUUAUCUAUAAAUGGAACUAAAAUGAAAUUUGGCAAUAAUCCAGCCGAAUACCUUACCGAUGUAAUUAGUGGUUUAGCAAUAGAUUUUAUUAAAACUCGUAACCUAGAUGGUCCGCCAUUUCUUAUGGUUUUAGCACCUCCCGCACCUCAUGCACCUUUUAUACCUGCGGUACGUCAUAACGAUAAAUAUAAAGGCACAAAGGCCAAAAGAACACCAAAUUUUAAUACACCAAGACAAACGGAUAAGCAUUGGUUAGCGAGGAGAGGACCAUCCCCACUUCCUGCUCAUGUAUUACCUGAGUUAGAUGAAAUAUACAGAAGAAGAUGGGAAACAUUGUUAGCUGUCGAUGAGCUCGUAACGAAUGUAUACGAAACUUUAAAGACACGAGAUCUUUUAAAUAAUACUUAUAUUAUAUUUACAUCUGACAAUGGAUAUCACAUUGGCCAGUUUAGUAUGCCUAUGGAUAAGCGUCAACCAUACGAAUCAGAUAUUAGAGUUCCAUUAUUAAUAAAAGGUCCUGGAAUUGUAUCGUCAAAAGUUUCUGCUCCCGUUAGUAGCGUUGAUUUAUUUGCCACGAUUUUAGAAAUAGCUGGCGUUGAACGUCCAUCGGAUGGAACAUCUCUGUUAAAGAAGACGUUGCCGAAAGAUAGAACACUUUUAAUAGAAUACAGGGGAGAGAAAUCUAAUGGUGUUCCGUCAUCGGGUUGUCCAAGCGAUAGCGAUCCGAAUCUUGCUAUGUGCAUGAAAGACAUGGCAUGCAAAUGUCAAGAUGCUGGAAAUAAUACUUUUAGUUGUAUACGCCACCUAUCUCCGGAUUAUAAUAAUAUUUUCUGUGUUUUUGAGGACGACCAGCACUUUGUUGAAGCAUAUAACAUAACUACCGACAGUUAUCAAAUGGAAAAUAUCGGAUACAGCAUGAAUCGUCGUCGUAGGUAUCGAUUUAGAAAGCAUCUGAAAAAAAUGUCUGUUUGUAUGAACGAAGAAUGCAUCGCUACAAACAACGAGAACUUUUUUAUGUAGAACAAAUAUAACACUUUUAAAUACUUUGUAAUACUUUAAACCAAUGGUAAUAAAGUAAGUUUUGUAAAC